GUGCUCAAUAAUUCUGGACCCGGGAAAUGGCACGCACGGCUAUAUGCGUUAAGAUCCGAAAUUUCCGUAAUUCAAGAAACCCUGAGUAGUGUCGAAGGAGAAUUAGCCUUGGCCCAAUGUGGACUCAAUCGUUCCUUGAAUGCCUCUUCUCCCACCCACCGACUACCUGAUCGGCUUCUUGCGGAGAUUUUCCGCCUUGGUGCCCAGACAGGCGACGCACGAGACCAAGAAUAUGCCUUUCUCGCCACUGUUACCUCAGUCUGCCACCACUGGAGAGAAGUCGCUUUGGCUGCUUCAUUCCUCUGGACGCAAAUAGCUAUUAGUGCCGGUCAUUAUGAUCCGCGAAUGAGUGCAUACUUGAAAAGAUCUAAAGUGGCCCCUCUACGACUACAUCUUAUUGUGGACAAUACGUUCAUUAAAUGGAGCAGGGAGAGACUUGGCGAAUGGAUCAAGGAGAUCGAGCCUUAUUUGAAGCGAUGCACACGGCUCUCAAUAUCCACUUCUCAGCAUGCAACGGCGAAGGCCAUCUUUCCGCUACAUGUACCCAUGUCGAAUCUCCGAGAGUUCGCGUGGGACGGUGGUUCUCCGCUAUCCCAUGAUGAUGACGAAGAUGAAGAUAACCACACUGUUACUUUCCUCGAUCCAUCCACUGUCAGCUCCCCUUCAUACCGACUUACAUACCAUAUGGGUGCUGUAUCCAUGGAUUGGAAUGAUCAGAUGGUUUCAAAGCUGGUCACGUUGAAGCUUUACGACUUGGCUGGGCGACCUACCCGAAGGAUUUUACAACUUAUUCCCCGUUGCACCAGCUUGAAGCGUUUGCGAUGGGUUCAGCACCUUAGCGAAGAUGAACAGCAUACUGAGGCCCUCCCACCCUUCACGUCCACGUCCCUCGAAGUUCUUGACAUCGACCUCCCCGACAACAGUGAUGAAGAACGCAGUUUCAUCUGGAACAUGGACUUCCCUUCACUGAGAUACCUCUCCAUUGCCACUCGCUCCCUGAACACUCGGUGGGCAGACCGGGCCCUGGGGAGUGCGACGCGUUUUCCCCUUCUCAUAUCCCUCUGGCUGUCGGCGCACGCGUUCACACCGCCAACCAUGAUAACCUUCUUGCAUGCCCAUCCAAAUGUUGAGCAAUUCGGCUGUGGCAUCAAUCCUAACAUCGGUGGUUUACUAUCCCUCCUCGUCGAGCCGACAUUUGUUGUGCCACGAGAUUUCAAAUUGUCAAAUUUGAAGUUCAUCUACUUCCUCAGUUCGUCACAUUCUAGCAGCGUCUCCGCCUUGAGCGACUCCAUUCGCUCUCUCUUUCGAAGCCGUGCGGGGUACGCGAGUUCAAAAGAGAAUGGGAACGAACGCAAGCUGUUCAAGAUCCAACUCAAUGACGAAUCCUGGACAGAUCACUUGCCUGAAGACCUGGUGAAACUGAGGCAAGAAUAUGCCGGACAAGUUAUCUUGAGCAAUGGUGAUGAUUCUGUGCCAGAUCGGUUCCGGCCCGUAUAGAAACUUUCCCGCUGUCCCGCUGUUUAUGUGUUUUGUUCGCACAUCUGAUGUCUGCUCGGAUUCCUUAUUGCAUCUCCUAGGAUAUCGAGGAUGUAUUUCUAGUAGAAAUAAUUGUCCUUAUUUGAUCGGAAUCUGACACCCCGCCGAAUCAGCAACAUCAUAGCCAUAUUUACUGGGUGGGUUUCGUGGAG